UACACGGAGCUCGGCCUCGUGCCCAACGCCACGAAAGCCCAGAUCCGGCGCCAGUACCGCACGCUGAGCCUCGAGUUCCACCCGGACAAGAACCCCGGCGACGCCGCGGCCCUCGCCCGCUUCAACAAGAUCGCGCGCGCGAACGAGGUGCUGACCGACGACGAGCUUCGCAAGAAGCUCGACUACUAC